ACACUUCUCUGAGGAAAUGGAUAUGUCUUCUCAAGAAUACUCAGUCAAAAAGCAAGUGAAAAUUCAUCCCAACAGAGUAACAGUGAAAUAUACUUCUCAUUAUCCCCAGCCAGGAGAAGAGGGAUAUGAGGAUGUUAGUGAAGAUGCUGGAGUACUUAUGGAGGACAAUCCUAAGAGGAGACUGCUGAGUGAUGGCAAAAAGAGAAGGACCUUCUUCGGUACAAUAGACACCACGCCAGCGCAAGUGCCCAAGCCCAAUGAGAUUGGACAAUCCCAGCAUUUUCCUGAAGGAAACGUCCUGCAGUCCAGGAAAACGUGGGGAGUCCUUCUUGGCUCGGCCGUGGCUCACGGGUGUGUGGCUCUAAUCACCAGGUUGGUUUCUGACCGUUCCAAAGUGCCAUCCUUGGAGCUGAUUUUCAUCCGCUCGGUCCUACAGGUGCUGUCCAUCACUGUUGUGUGCUACUACCAUGAGCCUCCCUUUGGGCCCAAGGGCUACAGGCUCCGGCUCUUCUUCUACGGGGUCUGCAAUGUCAUCUCUAUUACCUGUGCUUACACCUCCUUCUCCAUAGUGCCCCCCAGCAAUGGGACCAUUAUGUGGAGGGCCACCACCACGGUGUUCAGUGCCAUUCUGGCUGUCUUACUCAUAGGUGAAGGAAUGGCUUGCAUAGACAUAGUCACUGUGGCUGGCAGCGUGUUUGGUGUUUGUCUGGUCAUGAUCCCCAACAUUGUUAAGGAGGAAAACUCUCUGCUGAGCACCUGGAGGGAAGCUUUUGGCUACACCAUGACUGUCAUGGCUGGUCUGACCACUGCCCUCUCCAUGAUAGUCUAUAGGUCCCUCAAAGACAACAUCAGCAUGUGGACAGCCCUGUUCACCUUCAGCUGGACAGGAACCGUGUGGGGAGCGUGCACCAUGUUCUUACUCCAAGAGCCAGUCGUCCCCCUGGAUGGAGAAACCUGGACCUAUCUCCUUGUCAUCUGCCUCUGCUCCACUGCAGCCUUCCUGGGGGUCUACUAUGCCCUGAGCAAGUUCCACCCUGCCUUGGUCAGCACCGUGCAGCACCUGGAGAUAGUCAUUGCCAUGGUCCUGCAGCUAGUCGUGCUGCGCAUCUUCCCGGGUGCUUAUGACCUGGUUGGGGGAGCUGUCAUUUUGGUUAGUGUUUCUUUCCUUGCGUGUUACAAACUCUCCUGGAAGGAUUUAAGAAGGCAAGAUUACCAGGAGAUUGUGGAUUCCUCCAUCAAGUGAAAUGUGGUUCAGCUGUCAGA